AUCACCAGCUUUAAUAUCUGAUCUUGAGAAACGGGUGGGCAUGGCUUUGGAAGAUGCUAAUGUAUGUGAACUCUUGAUUCCUAACUUCAAAAAUGAAGAUCAGCAGAAAGGAGCAAGUUCACCUGAGGUAUACACUAUAUACAAUGUGGAUGUGGUUCACAGGAUUUUCGAGUAUUUCUUGAUGCAUGAGCAACAACAAGUACUAGGAAAGCCAAGCAUAACCAAGCUCUUGGACAAUUAUUUAGCCGAGAUUGCAAAAGAUCCAUGUCUACCCAUCACAAAGUUUCAGGUUCUAGCAGAAAUGUUGCCGGAAAAUGCUUGGAAAUGCCAUGACGGUCUUUAUAGAGCAAUUGAUAUGUUCCUCAAGACUCAUCCUUCACUGUCAGAGCACGAUAGAAGAAGACUAUGCAAGACAAUGAACUGUGAGAAACUAUCACUUGAUGCAUGCCUACACGCGGCACAAAAUGAUCGGUUGCCUCUGAGAACUAUCGUCCAGAUCAAUACUCAAGUGCUUUUCUCGGAACAAGUAAAGAUGAGAAUGAUGAUGCAAGACAAGCUACUAGAGAAGAAGGAAGAAAAUUCAGAAGGUCGUGAGGAUAAACAAAUGUCUAGAGAUAAUGAAAUCAAGACACUUAAGGAAGAGCUGGAAAAUGUGAAGAAGAAUAUGGUAGAGCUUCAGAACGAUUACAAUGAGCUUCAACAAGAGUAUGAAAAGCUAAGUAGCAAACAGAAGAGCUCACAUAACUGGGGAUUGCGUUGGCAAAAGGUGAAGAAAUCGUUCCAGAUUAAACGCGAAGACGAUGAAACAAGAGACGGGGCACGAAGAAGAAUUUUCACAGCAUCCAUUUCUGAGAAGCCGUUGUGUUCUCUUAUUGCCGCCACCACCAUGUGUGGGAUUCUUGCUGUGUUAGGCUGCGUUGAUAACUCUCAAGCUAAACGUUCCCGUAUCAUCGAACUCUCUCGCAGAUUGAGGCAUAGAGGUCCUGACUGGAGUGGGCUACAUUGUUUUGAGGAUUGUUAUUUGGCUCAUGAGCGUUUGGCUAUCGUUGACCCUACUUCUGGAGAUCAACCACUCUAUAACGAAGAUAAGACCAUUGCUGUCACGGUCAAUGGAGAGAUAUACAACCACAAGGCUUUGCGUGAAAAUCUGAAGUCACACCAGUUUCGUACUGGGAGUGAUUGUGAAGUGAUUGCCCAUCUUUAUGAAGAACAUGGAGAGGAAUUUGUCGACAUGUUGGACGGCAUGUUUGCAUUUGUCCUUCUUGAUACCCGGGACAAAAGUUUUAUCGCUGCAAGGGAUGCCAUUGGUAUCACUCCACUCUACAUUGGGUGGGGCCUCGAUGGUUCUGUCUGGUUUGCUUCGGAGAUGAAAGCACUUAGUGAUGAUUGUGAACAGUUUAUGUGCUUCCCCCCAGGCCACAUCUAUUCAAGUAAACAAGGUGGGCUUAGGAGGUGGUACAACCCCCCGUGGUUCUCUGAGUUGGUUCCUUCAACCCCAUAUGAUCCCCUAUUGGUGCGCAACACUUUUGAGAAGGCUGUUAUAAAACGACUAAUGACUGAUGUGCCUUUUGGUGUCCUCCUAUCUGGAGGAUUAGACUCAUCCCUUGUUGCUUCAGUAGCGUUACGCCAUCUGGAAAAAUCAGAAGCUGCUUGUCAGUGGGGUUCAAAGUUGCACACAUUUUGUAUCGGUUUGAAGGGAUCCCCGGAUCUGAAAGCUGGCAGAGAAGUCGCUGACUAUUUAGGAACUCGCCACUAUGAGUUACACUUUACAGUCCAGGACGGAAUAGAUGCCAUAGAAGAAGUCAUAUACCAUGUUGAGACCUAUGACGUGACUACUAUAAGAGCCAGCACUCCAAUGUUUCUUAUGUCGAGAAAAAUCAAAUCGCUUGGUGUAAAGAUGGUUCUUUCUGGGGAAGGCUCUGAUGAAAUUUUUGGAGGAUAUUUGUACUUCCAUAAAGCGCCCAACAAGAAGGAAUUUCACGAGGAAACAUGUCGAAAGAUCAAAGCUCUUCAUCAAUAUGACUGCUUGAGGGCUAACAAAUCAACUUCUGCAUGGGGUGUUGAGGCUCGUGUACCUUUCCUUGAUAAAGAAUUUAUUAAUGUCGCGAUGAGCAUCGACCCAGAGUGGAAGAUGAUUAGGCCUGAUUUGGGAAGGAUCGAGAAAUGGGUGUUACGCAAUGCCUUUGAUGAUGAGAAAAAUCCUUAUCUACCAAAGCACAUUCUAUACAGGCAGAAAGAACAGUUCAGUGAUGGAGUUGGAUACAGCUGGAUUGAUGGUCUAAAAGAUCAUGCAAACAAACAUGUCUCUGACACAAUGCUGAUGAACGCAAGCUUUGUCUUUCCUGAUAACACACCUUUGACAAAAGAAGCUUACUACUACAGAACCAUCUUUGAAAAGUUCUUCCCUAAGAGUGCUGCUAGAGCAACUGUACCAGGAGGUCCAAGUGUGGCAUGUAGUACAGCAAAAGCUGUGGAAUGGGACGCAGCUUGGUCACAGAAUCUUGACCCAUCAGGUCGUGCGGCUCUUGGAGUUCAUGUUUCCGCUUAUGGGGAAGAUAAAACCGAAGAUUCUCGUCCCGAGAAGCUACAGAAACUAGCAGAGAAGACUCCAGCCAUUGUUUGAGGAUGAACAAGGUUUAAGCUAAUGUUGAAUCACGCACUACUCUUAUUGUCUCAAAGACAAUACUUAUCCUCUUCUCUAGGAAUAGGAUUGAUGACUAAAAGGGCUCUCUUUUGUUCUUUUUUUCUGGUGUUUUGCAAGACUCCAUGGAAACUGAGUUGAGUUAGCAACAAAUUGUGAGUUUCUGG